CUCGCCAUGGUGAUCAUGUCAGAUUAUACCGCUGUCCCCACCUCCAACCAAGGCCAGCAGAGGCCUCUUCGAGUUGGAUUCUAUGAUAUUGAGAGGACCUUGGGCAAAGGCAAUUUUGCUGUAGUGAAACUGGCUCGGCACAGAGUGACCAAAACGCAGGUUGCAAUAAAAAUUAUAGACAAAACACGGUUAGAUCCAAGCAAUUUGGAGAAAAUCUAUCGUGAAGUUCAGAUAAUGAAACUUUUGAAUCACCCUCAUAUUAUUAAGCUAUAUCAGGUUAUGGAGACAAAAGAUAUGCUUUACAUUGUGACAGAAUUUGCAAAAAACGGAGAAAUGUUCGAUCUCUUGACUUCUCAUGGGCACCUGAGUGAGAGCGAAGCUCGAAAGAAGUUCUGGCAGAUCCUUUCAGCGGUAGAAUAUUGCCACAGUCAUCACAUAGUACACAGAGACCUCAAGACAGAGAACCUGCUAUUAGAUGCUAACAUGAACAUCAAGCUUGCAGACUUCGGGUUUGGAAAUUUCUACAAAACUGGUGAGCCUCUCUCCACAUGGUGCGGAAGCCCACCCUAUGCAGCCCCGGAGGUUUUUGAAGGAAAGGAAUAUGAAGGUCCUCAUCUUGAUAUAUGGAGCCUUGGUGUGGUGUUGUACGUUCUUGUUUGUGGCUCUCUGCCAUUUGAUGGACCUAAUUUACCAACUCUAAGACAAAGAGUGCUUGAGGGACGAUUCCGCAUUCCCUACUUCAUGUCUCAAGACUGUGAAACGCUCAUUCGACGGAUGCUGGUGGUGGACCCUACAAAACGAAUCACAAUUGCACAAAUAAAACAGCACAAAUGGAUGCAGGCAGAUCCUUCUCUUCAGCAGCAGCAAUCUUUAUCAUUCUCCAUACAAAACUACAAUUCCAACCUGGGUGACUACAAUGAACUGGUCCUUGGGAUUAUGCACAGUCUUGGCAUUGACAGAAAGAGAACAGUUGAGUCCCUACAAAAUAGCAGCUACAACCAUUUUGCUGCAAUUUAUUACCUUCUUUUGGAGCGCCUCAAAGAGUACAGAAGCAAUCAGAUGUCGAAUCGUCCAGUAAAUGGCCGUCAGCAAAGGCCACGGAGCUCAGACUUCAGCAAUGUUGAGUUGCCUCAGGACAGUCUCGCCAGUGAGACGUUGAGAUCGUCUCUGCUCUACCAGCAUCCUCAGAAUCUGAUUCAAUCACCAUUGCAGGCAGAAAUGGAUUGUGACAUCAGCAACCCAUUUCAGCCUGUGUUCUUUCCUGUGGAUCCAAACUUCAACAGUCUCUUUAGGAAUCGAUCCAUCUCUCCAAACAGCUUGCUUGAAACCACCAUCAGCGAAGAAGUCAGGCAGGACAAGGAACUGGAGGAGGAAAUUAAAGCCUUCAACCCAGUACACCUCCCCACCAACACUAGCCGAAGGCACACACUGGCUGAAGUCACAACUCAUUUUUAUCAGUGCUCGCCACCAUGUAUAGUGAUUUCAUCAUCCACAAGCCCCACAGAAGGAAGAAAUUCUGACAGCUGCCUCACUUCGUCAUCAAAUGAUGGCUCUGUGACUCUGAGCAAUUGUUUGGAAGACCAAAUCAUGCUUGAUCACCCAGGCACAGCCAGAGUCACAUCAUCAUUUCUAACUUCUCAGUCAGACACACCAGUAUUGCAGGCUCAGGGCUGCAUGGGUGGCACGUCGCUCUUGCCUGUCAGCUUCCAAGAAGGAAGGAGAGCAUCCGAUACCUCAUUAACUCAAGGCUUGAAGGCAUUUAGACAGCAGCUGCGGAAGAAUGCUAGAGCCAAGGGUUUUCUGGGUCUGAAUAAAAUCAAAGGACUUGCUCGCCAAGUCUGCCAGUCGUCUUCUGCUCGGAUGGCCCGGAACGGCACGAGUCCUUUCCAGCAUUCUCAGCCAAAUGCCUGUGUUUACGGUAGUGGGGGAAAUGGUGACAGCGGCGGCAGCAGAGAGAGCAGAAACCUGCUUGAAGAGGUGCUUCAGCAGCAGAGGAUGCUUCAGUUACAACAUCACCAGGCUGCCUGUCAACAGCCUUCUCAGGUGUCUCAGUCACACACCAUUGUCUUGUGUGACACAAAAGGCAGCAAAUCGUCCAAUUCCCUCCUACGGUCUGAAUUGCAAAGCGAGAACUCAUUAGAGUUGGCCUUUGGCAACACCCAGCUUCUCCAACCCCACCUCUUUGGUGUCGGCAUCUCUCCAGUGUCUUCAGCUGCUCAUCUUCUAGACACUCACCUGCACAUCAGCAACAACGCAUCCCCCAUUGCCUCUGUGUUCUCUCAGCAGAAUAACUUUGCUGUGCAAUCUCCAGCCUACGAUGCCAUCAGUUUGCCGCAUGGGGACUGUGAAAUGGAGGACCUUACUUUGGCCCAGAUGGGGAAAUUCGUCUUGGUCAAAUGAGAAGGGUUCCUUUGAAUUCAUGCAUCUCUUUUGGGACAAAAUUCUACUCUUACUAAGAUCUGAGGAAGGGUGACUGA